GAGCUGUCCCUGAGGAUUUGUCCUUCCCAAAACUUGGGCGGAUGAAGGAGGCUGCGAGGAAGAGAAAGAUGCCUUGGGCCCCCCAGGCAGGCCCCGAGCUGAGGACGGAGAGCCUGGAGGACAAAUCCCCCCUUGAGACCCUGGUGGGAGAGGCCGUUUUGAAGGGCUCCCCGGCGCAGGAAGGCAGCGGGGAGGAAAAGGGCCAGAGAUGCCCCCGCAGGAGGGGCUGCAAAGCCAUCCCAGGGUGCUCUGAGGAGGAAAGAACCAGCCUGUGCUGGGAAGGCGACCGGAGCUUGAGGCGGAACUCUGAGCUGGUGGUCCCUGAGCAGCCUCCCAGCAGGGAGAAACCCUUCAGGUGCUUGGAAUGUGGGAAGAGCUUCAGGAAGAGCUCCCACCUCCUCACCCACCAGCACAUCCACACUGGGGAACGGCCCUACACAUGUGGGGAAUGUGGGAAGAGCUUCAGGGAGAACUUCAUCCUGAUCCGACACCAGCGCAUCCACACUGGAGAACAGCCCUACAUGUGUCAGAAAUGUGGAAAGAGCUUCAACUACAGGUCCAACCUCGUCACCCACCAGCGCAUCCACACUGGGGAACAGCCCUACAAAUGCUUGGAAUGUGGGAAGAGCUUCAGGCAGAACUCCCACCUGAUCCGCCACCAUCGCAUCCACACCGGGGAACGGCCCUACAAGUGCUUGGAAUGUGGGAAGAGGUUUCCAACCAGCUCACAUGUUCUCGUGCAUGAGCAGACACACACGGAUGAGAGGCCCUUCCGCUGCACUGACUGCGGGAAGGGCUUCAACCGGAAGGGCAACCUCAUCAUCCAUGGGCGCAUCCACACCGGGGAGAGGCCCUACAAGUGUGGGGAGUGUGGCAAGAGCUUCACCCAGAGCUCUGGCUUGACCUCACACCAACGGACCCACCGAUCUUCAGGGCUGUGCUGAGGAUCCCCUCUCAACAGGG